AUGCCGUGCCGUGAUGCCCCAGAGCAGAGCAAAGGCGUCGGAACCGAAUUCCACGGCUUCAUGGACCUGCCGCGCGAGAUCCGCGACAUGGUGUACGCGUACCGUCUCGUCAGGGGCAGCGUGUUCCUACCGAACGCCGCCGGCGGCCACGUCGUCAUCUACGGUCGCUGGCGCACGCGCGACUACUACCGCCAGCCGUACGGGCGGUACGCGGGCCUCCCAGCCGACUGGGGCGAGGGCUACGCCUCGGGGCAGCACAUCGGCCUGAUCUCGGGCGUCAGCAAAACCAUCCACCAAGAGGCGGCACCGCUGUUCUACGGCGGCAACCGGUUCGUGUUCCCAUACGGAAACACCGACUUCGCCAGCUGCUACGAUCGCGUGCGUCUGCCGUGGUAUCACGACUACUUCGACAUGAUGCGUGACAUCAGCAUCACUUUUGACAUGCGCGACCAGGAUGACCAGGCGACGGACUUGGAAUGUCGGUACCACAGCGGCCCGGGGCCGGACGAGUACGACGAUGAGGAUGCGGUCCCGCCGGGCACGAGCACGAGCAUGCAGCUGGAUUACAUGGUGCGCCUGCACCGCGAGAAGAAUUCUACGGUCGAGACCCAGUACGACGAGCGUCUGAGGCACACGGUGGGCAUGACGCUGGACCGGCUGCAGCUCAGCUUCGAGGAGUGCUACUGCGGCCUGGGGUGCUGCCGCAAAGUGAACUAUGUGCUGGACAACUUGUGUCUCCUCUCCCACUGGGAGGUCCGACCGCCCAAACUUAUCGAGGUCUUCGGCUGGAACAACGAGACGGAACGGGAGAGAAUCGAACAGGAACUGAAAGGACUGACACUUGACGGAGAGCCCAUCCCGGUCCGGUUUGUUGGAAAGUCCAUGACGGAAGUCCGAACCGACAGUCGGGCGGCAGAGCGGCGGCGUCUGCAGGCCGAAGGUCAAAUUCCGCCGGAUUUACAGGCUCAAGGGGAUACGGUAUAA